UUUCUUCGGCAAUGUUCGUUUUUAGCGAAUGGUCCAAGCCAGCCAUAUGUGAUGAAUGUGGCUGUGUGACAAGUCAUGACAAUUUCACAUAAAAUAAACAAAUUUAAUCGAUGGAAAACUCAUUUUUUGGAUUUGAUACCUCUAUGCCGUUGGACGAUGAUGGCGGAGGAAGAAUUGCUGAACCAUCUGAGGAAGAGUAUGAUGCAUUAAAUGACGAGACAUUUGGCUCUGCAAUCAAUGGCGAUUGGGAGGAGGUGCACGAAAACCUUGUGCGUUUGGAUGGCGAACUGGAAGGCGAUGCCUUGGAUAGCACCGGAAAUGUGGCAAGCGGUGGUGUCGGCGGGGGUUAUGGUGCAGCCAUGAAUGCUUUAAGAAAUUCCCGCCAACAACGUCAGUCUGAUUCGGAUUUAGAAUUGAAUUUAUCAGGCAUGAAGUUGGAUGAUGUGGACAUCAGCUAUGGUGAAAGUGAAAACAUGAGCACCCUUUUGGGAAACCACAUGAAAAUGGAUCCCGGUGUAUGGUCAUUGCAGCCAUCAAGGGCUCAUCAUAGUGUAAAUGACGACGGUAUGAGAAUGACACCUAAUGCGGCUGCUUUUUUAACCGAACAUUUUCCCAGUCCAUUUCACAAGGCACCACAACAACCACCACCGCCACAUCCGCAACACCAACAACAGCACGCGCAAUUUCAAAUGAUGGCAGCACAGCAGGCAGCCCAUCGUCAAACGCCCGUAAAUAUGCCUCCUCACCUUGGACUACCAAAUCUUCCGCCGCAAAUGCAUUCUCAAGGUGGUGGCCCACCGAAAAUAUGUACAUUGGAAGAUAUUGAAAGGAAUUUGAUAAUGCAACAGGCCGCAGCAAAACAAGAUCAAACACACCAGCAACAGCAAAAUUCCCAGCAGCAACAGGAUCGCAAUGCACAGGCAAUGGAUGCAGCAGUACAGCAGCAACAACAACAACGUUUACUUAAUGAUGCUUUAAAGCAUGCAUCUGGCACGCCAACACCAAUGCAACAACAGCAGCAGCAACAACAACAAAACCAACAGCUCCAACAGAAUCACCAACAACACCAGCAAUUGUUUCUUCUCUUACCAGCACAACGAGUUGCUGGACCAUCUUCAUCAUCCUUUCCCAACUCCCAGGCUCAACAUCAAUCACCACCCAGACCCUCAAGCAAUUUUGCCAACAAUUUGGCACAACACCCAUUGGGCAGUUUAUUGCAACAACAACAACAGCAGCAGCAACAACAACAGCCACCACAUCCCCAAACAGCAGCCUUAAAUGCGGCCGGAAAUCGCAUCAAUCCCGGAUACUUUUUCCCUCCGGUUGGACCACAUCCCCAAUUGCCACCGCAUCCAUUACUUAAUCAACAUGGUUUGCCAAAUAAUUUUACCAAUCAACGUCCACUGCCGAAUCCACACCUACCGGUUGCACUCAACAACUUUGCAAUGCAUCCAAAUUUUAAUGCAAUGCGUGCAGCAGCUGUUGCUGCUGGCAUACAUCCCGUUACCCUGUUGGCUCAACAGCAGCAAGCAGUUGCGGCAGCAGCUAUGGCAAAUCGUAUACCCGGUCAUCCACCCAAUCCCAUGAUGUUGUUGAACAAUCAAAGUUCAUCCAAUUCUUCGUUCAACAUGUUCAACAUGCGUUUGGUGCAAGAAAUCCAACAGAACCAUCCGUUGCUGCAGAAUUCUGCCCGACAGUCACAACAACAAAUGCAACAGAAUGCAAACGGCCCAAAUAAUCUUAUGAACCUACAACAACAUCAGAUGCAAAGGCGUGGUGCCUCCAUGCCCGCCAUGAACUUGCAAAAACUGAAUCACAAUAUGCGCCGUGAUGGCACAGGAAAUGGUAAUUUGCCUCCCGAAGAAUACGAUGAGUAUGCCAAUUUGAUGAGCACCCGAGACAAGCAUUGGCUCAUCGGCAUCCAGUUGUCUCAGUUGAACACGGAUACCCCAUACAUUGAUGAUUACUAUUAUACUGUGUAUAAGGAACGCAAGACGGGUCAAAAUGGCAGUUUGCGUCACAGCCAGGCCCACAAGGACAACCAAUUGAAUCAUCCACUGACGCAGCCCAAGGGACAUGCACAACUUAUCCUGGUACAAUUGGGCAAUAAGAAUGGUACACGCAAUGGCCAGCAACGUGAACGUCGCAACUCCGAUAAUCACAACAACAAUCAAGACAUGAAGGUACCCAUGUAUGUGUUUACACCAUUGAAAUUUGAAAAUUCACUUGGUAAACUGCAAUACGGCAGUGUUACGGCUCCACGGAAAAUAAUCGAUGCCGAAAUUAUGAGCAAUGAGCCGACAAAUGGCACAGACAAUGCGGCCAACAAUGCCAAUACUGGAUCUUCAGGUGCAACAUCGACAACAACAACAUCAACAACAGUUGCUAAUAACGGUUCGCUAGCAACAUCGACAGGAGGAAAACGUUCUGAAACACCACAAAUACCCAACACAGCUGGCGGUGGUGGUGAUCUUAACUCUUCCAAUACUCAACGAAAGUCACGUUAUAUUUUGCUACACAUUGAGACUUUAUAUCGUGUUCUCUUAAAAUUGGACGAUUUAAAUAAUCCGAAUGCUAUUGCCACCAUAUUGAGAAAAAAGAAAAAGGAAAGUGAACACAUCGCUGCUAUGGAACAGCUAGAGAAUGCAAAUAAAACACCUGAGGAACGUGCUGCUGCUGGCGAUCCUGUCAGUAAUCCAUCACUUAGAACUAAAUUUAAUUAUGAAAUUGAAACCAAGGAAGCAUUGGUUGAUAAGUUAGUUGCCGGACUGCAACACGAUAAAGUUGUUGCAAUGAUGAAUGUACGCAAAGGAAAAGUUUUAAUUCGUCGCAUUAUGCCGUACAUUGAAGAACAUGAUGCCCGUUGGAAUGUUUGGAUUGGCGUUUUCCAUUCACUGCAAAGUGUUGUGAAAAAAGACCGCGAUGAUGCCGAGGGCAUUUUAUACUCUCUGUAUCCGGAAUUCAACAAACAAAUCAAAUCGGCAAAUUUUGAAAUAAUUGUUAAAAUUUCAUCAGCCAUUUCGUUAAAUGAUAAAAAAGCAAAUGGCGUAUUCUGUAGCAAAUUCGGAAUUUCUUCACUUGUCUGCCUAAUAUUGCAGGCAGAAAAUAUCUACGACAAAAAUGAAGAUACAACAUUAACGGAACAAAAUAAGGAUAGUUGGCGUCAAUUUCUCGAUCAAGUGGCAACAUCAUUAAAUCGUACCAUACAAAAUCAAACCAUUUGUGCUGCUAUCGAAUCGGAUUCUAUACAACCAAUUAUGAAUCAUUUUGCACGAUUUAAAGAUUUAAAACUGGACUCGCUGUUGGCUCUAAUAACAGAAGCUAAACAGCAAAUUAAUUGAAAAAAA